GGGAGAUGGUAUGUACCAGAGUGAUGAUCUCGAGGAAGCGCCAGAAGGCGAAGAAGAUUCCGAAGAGCAUCUUGAUGGGUGUGUGAUCGUAAUGUCUUCAGGAGAUAAAGAAGAAGUGUUGUGCGACGAGCGCUGUAGUAGUGCAAUACUCGAGGGCUUAUAUGCGACGCAGAGAACUUGGGCGCAAGGCGAGUGAGCGACGAAGCUCUCACCGUCGAUGCCGAGUUAGAUGUCGAUGCGCCAGCAACGCACGACUUGAAUAUUGUUAUAUCAGAUGGCUGAUAAUGCACUCGAGUCGUAUCCCUGCUCUGUGCGACCGAUGCUCUGAUUGUUUGCGUGCCUGCGCCGGGAAUUGUUCCCGAUCGGCGAGGAGCCUCGCACAGGACUCGAGGACUCGAGGCUAUCAAUAUCGCCAAUGACGCCGAUGAGGAUCUUCUUCCUCCCAAAGAAGCUCACUUAAGUGCUGGGUGAG